AUGAAAUAUAAUUUGUUUUUGCUAGCGAUAUUAGGAUGUUUGGUUUACGGGGAUGAAACAGAAAAAGUUGUUCAACGCAAUUCAGCCAUAAUCGUAGGUUCAAAGUUUUCGUUAUCGCAGUAUGCUGUCGAAGGAAUGGACUAUGUUAUGGAUUAUCGACUGUAUAAUAUUGGGGACAAGACAGCCGUCAAAGUAAGCUUGGAUGAUCGGGAUGCAUUCCCAACGCAAGCAUUCGAAAUAAUACGCGGAUUAUUACAGGUCCGAUGGGAACGUAUUGCACCUGGGCAGAAUGUUUCACAUUCAGUCGUUGUAAGACCACGUGCAGUCGGUGCUUUCAACUAUACAGCAGCUCAAAUCACCUAUUAUCCAUCUGAGAAUGCAAAAGAGAUCCGAAUCGGUUAUACUUCAGCACCGGGAGAGGGUUAUAUUUAUCGACAAAAGGACUACGAGCGUAAAUUUUCCGCUAAACUUGGUGUAUGGUUGGUAUUCGUUGUACUCGUUUCAGUUCUAACUGUAAUCCCAUUUGCCUUAUGGUACCAAAGUAAGAGCAAAUACGAUCAGGAAGUAACAACAACGAAGAAGUCCAAAUAA